CUGAAGCUUGUGUCUUCCUGUCCAUCAUGAAGAUCUCACUAGCCAUCCUGUGCUUGCUGGCCACAGCUGCUACCCUCAUAACCCAGCUGCUCGCUCAGCCUGAUGCUCUUACUUCCCCCGUUACCUGCUGCUAUACUUUCACCAGUAGGAAGAUCCCGCUGCAGAGGCUAGUGAACUACAGCAAAAUCACCAGCAGCAAGUGUCCCAAAGAAGCUGUGAUCUUCAAAACCAAAGGAACCAGGGAGAUUUGUGCCGAUCCCAAGGACACAUGGGUUCAGAAUGCCAUGAAAGACUUGGACAAGAAAAACAAAGCUCCAAAGCCAGAAGUACUUACUCCAAAGCCUGAAACCAUCUCUUCAAAACAUAAAGGACUCACUGCAGAGCCUAGAACAUUUUCUCCAACACCUGGAACAGUUGUUUCAACACUUGAAGCUCUCACUGCCAAUACAACCAUCAAAAGCUAG